UGGGGUUUUGGCUUUGUAAUUGGUUGUGGGUUUACAGUUUGAUAAACUGACGAAGAGGAGGCAGAGCUACAUCAUUAUCAUUCAGGCCUGCUGGGCAGCUUUCCACAGGUGUGGACUGGACGGCCGGGGAGACGGUGAGCUGUGCUUGUGGCCAGACGAGACGAGACCUUUAAGUACAUACCUUUGGAUUUCUCGGUCACGUGACUCGGUUUCUACAACCUGCCUUCCUCCAGCCCGGCUGUCCGCUCCCACCAUUUCAAAAAAAAGGUAAACAAUUUCUACAACAGCAUUCACAGACUAGCUCUAGUUUACAGACUAUCUGAGCCUGAAUCCUCCCUUUUACUCAGCCCCUAUAAAAAAGCGGAAUGACACGAAGCGACAGGCGCGCCGCUGCUCUGAAAAGAGACCGGGGCUGACAGUGAGCUCAGCCGGGCCUUGUACAUGUUAGAAACACCGAAAACAAACCGAGCUCCGCCGCUGGAUAGGCGACGUCUACUAUCUGCGCAGUAUUUGCUCUGUUACUGCCGGAUAGGAAGCGAUUCGUGAUCGUAAAUACGAGACGUGAGCGAUAAUGGAGCAACGUGGCGGUGGGAUUUGUGAAGAUUACAGUUAAUAAAGUGCUCUGCACAAGACUGCCUCCUAAUCCCUGUGUGAAAGGGAUAGGCAGUGCACCGGCUGGAUCCGACUUUCUACAAAAAAAGCUGGGUGGGGGAACAGAGGCAGACUCUUCCUCCUCGCCCCACACAUGCACACUUUACUCCAAAAGGGUGUAGACACACUUGUGCUGGAUGUAAACUGUCAACCUCUUGAGUAGUGAGGAAUUAGAUCGUUUACAUGAUGUAACCUUGUUACAUGGCUGAAGGAGCAUCUUAUUUUCCAGCUCAUCACUUUUCAUUCCUCCUUCUGAGGCAGUCAGACUUCAUUACAGCCCCCCACUCUUUUGCUGAUUUUGAUGUUUUUCUUUGUUGCAGGAUGGCAGAGCCUCCCAUGUCAUGUGAUUGUUUUGUUUCUUUGCCCCCUGGAUCUCGCGAUGACCAUGUGAUUUUUGGGAAGAAUUCUGACCGUCCCCGGGAUGAGGUGCAGGAGGUGUCUUAUAUCCCAGCAGCAUCCCACCCUCCAGGGUCCAUGCUGGAGGUAAAGCAACUCUGCAUCCUGACAGCUGUCAUCAAGCAUCAUACAAACAACAAUUGGGUGCACUGUUGACAGAAUUAACUUUUCUAUAACAUGAAAAGUUGGAAAAACUUUGAAAAGUUCAGGGUUUGGGUCUGAUGCAAUCACUCCCUUAAAAGAAAAACUAUCAAAAUCUGAUGCAAUAUUUACUUUCCUGUUAAUGAGUAUGGGAAUUAAAGUACUUAUCUUCUUUAUUCACCUCCCCACUGAGCAUUUUUUGGUUCAAAAGAGGUCUAAUAGAUGUCCAAAUGUAGCUUAGAUGACUGGUCUAAAAUUAGGCUACCACAGGUCUAAAAAUGAAAGUUUUUUAGUUGUCUAAAUUUAGACUAAGUUUAGACCAAGUCUAAAUCUGGGCUAUAUCUAUACUAUACUGUAUAUUGCUCAACGGCUAUCAAAGUUAUUUUGGUUAAGUACUUGGAGAUCAGUUAUCCAACUCACAGUUGCUUUUUGAAAUAAAUAAUUAUCGAAUAGUGGGUCAAAGUGCAACGUCUAAACUCUGUCUAAAAAUGUACAGAAUCUAGACGGUUGAAAUUAGGUCUAAAAAAAAAAAAAAUAGACGUCUAAUAGCCGUCUAUUGCUCAGUGGGUCUCAGUCACGCUGCUUGAAAUGAAGUUUCUGUUCAAACUACACCGGAUCAUUCAGCCCCAGGAUCGACAUUUCAAGUGGUAAAAUAUUAACCUUCCUGGUAGCUAAUUAACAUUGAAAGUUGUUUUAAGCCCUCUGAACAAAACACAACCAAAGUCAUUCAUAGCUGCUGAUUUUCAAAAGUUGUGGAUGAAAGUAAAUUGCUGGAAAGUUUCAAAUGUAGAAAACCUGCCUAUUUGUCCCUCCUGAAACUGUGUGCCAGUUUCUCUUGCAGGCCUCCUGGUUAGGUAAGAGCUUUUACAACCCAAGAAAAAGGCCCUUAAAAAACAUGAACAGCUUAUUUUUAAGAUAAAACAUAUUAAAGAUAUCUUUCUUCAACUGCAGCAAAAAUACAUCUGAUUACAGUUUAUAUUUGUACACACAAAUUAGGAAUUCGAUAUACUGUCACAAUCAGACCCCAGGUGACAAAGCUGUUGAGAUUAUUUUUAUAAAACAUACAAAUCAGAUGAAGAGGUACCCUAAAUCAAAGCUGUGAAAAUUACAUGAUCAUGUAACCAGGGCACAGUUUUUCUCAAAUUAUUUUUGUGGCUUUUUUGCUUUUAUUUGAUGGGAAAGCUGAAGAGAAGCAUGAAAUGUGAGGAGUAGAGAGUGGAGAAAAACAUGCAGCAAAGGGUUAUCACUUGGUGCUACUUACAAGGUCUGUAUCCUCUGUACACGGGGUACAAAUCUAAAUCAUUCAGCCAAACCAGGGGAAGUAGGCCUGAAAUGGAUUCAUCACUGGUGAUGGUUUGAGAAGAAGAUUCAACACUUUGCACCACGAAUAGACUCCACAUACACACACAGGAAAUUGGCAAACAAAACAAAACUGAAACCCCCAAAGAAACCAAGAAAAAAAUCACAUGAUAAAUUAUGUCCAUUUGCAAUAAAUGUGACCUUAAUGCAACAAUUCUCUCAUUAACACAUGAUAUUUUUCUGCAUUGUUUUUAAACCUCUGUAGCAUCUUCCUCCUACUGCUGUGAUGAAAGAUAUCAUCCCUGCUGUGCUUUUGAACCACACAGCUCAUUAAAAAGCUCCCUGACAGCUCAGUAGUGAUGUGCAGUCUGAAUUAAAUAGAAUCAAAAUAUCGCUGAAGACCUUUGAAUUUUCUCCAACAACUAUGAACUAAGCAUACAGGUGCAGCUGACUGGAAUGAAGUCAGCAGGCAACCUCGUUUCCGAAGCUGGUAGAGCUCUGUUUUGAUGUUUGCAAAUGGCCUUAGACCUGUGGAUGAAACAUUGUGAAGCUGUCUCUUACCUCUAAGUCACGUUUUCAGACCGCUCUGGUGUAACAGUGUAGCUUUUAUUUAAAUACUCUAAGUGCAAAAGUCAUGAUGUACAUUUAUUUUGCAUUCAUUUGAUUCCCAAAUCAAGACACUUAUAAAAACUGGCUCAUACUUUAAUGGGGACUUAAAAGUACAACAUCAAUAUGGACUUCUAAACAUGGAAUUGAUAAUGUUAGUAAGUAUGAUAAACUAUUGAAAUUUAUGAUUAAUUGUGAUUGAAAAUAAAUGCAUUGUGUGACAGCCCUACAAAGAAUGCAAUUACACAGUUUUUGUUUAGGUGGGAAUUGGCAUUUUGUGCUCAGAUGUGAAUAGAGAUAACUAAAUGCAGUGAAUCUAAGAGUUUCUUCCUUCAAAGCAUUUUAUGUAGCAUACAGAUGUGUCGACCAGGAUGCUAACAUACCGGUAUAAAAAUUCAUGUUAAGAAGUUGUGUUGAGUUUGAGAAAAAAAAACCCCUCUUGGUUCAGAGUUUUCAGCUCUAAAUACCCCGGAGAUUAUAACUGUUCUUGCCCAAUGCGUGAGUCAGCCCACCAACACUGCCUUCAUUGCAAUGUGACCUUAUUAUGAACUGUCUCUUGCCGUUUUGUCUGCAGUGCACAUACAUCCAGGUCCCUCAGUUGGAGCAGACACAUGCUGUUGUCCUUAGUAAACCUGCCUGGAUGUGGGGCGCUGAAAUGGGAGCCAAUGAUCAGGGAGUCUGUAUUGGAAAUGAAGCUGUCUGGACCAGAGAGCCUGUCACCCCUGGAGAGGCUCUGCUGGGCAUGGACCUCGUUCGGUGAGCACCACAAACCGUUAAUACUCUAUUCUUACAAAAAUUCCACAGGGAUAAUAAUCAGCUUAUCUGAUUACAACAAGAAAGACAAAUAAAUCCUCAGAGCUGAUGUGAGAAACUAUUUCUUUCUUAUUAAGAACAGUUUAGAUAGUGUUUACUCAGUCUUAGUAUUAGCUUAAUCCUCACAGGCUUUAACAAAAAGGGUGGGUGUAUUGUUAAAAGCAUGCCAUGACAGGGGUUUGAAGUAUGACUGAAGCGAAGCAUUCGCAGUUUUAUCCAAAACUAAUGAUUCAGAGAGGUGUUCAAAAUCACUCAAAUCACCAUUAAACUCAAAGUGAAUUAAAAAAAACUACCUUUAAGAUUAAAGAGUGAGUUAAGACAGACGAGUACAUAAGUGUGUAGAAAUUCUUAAAAGUGAUGCAGUCGUAGUGACAUUUAUAACUACAUGAUUAUGCCUGGUGGAAAAACUCAGACUUAAAUCCCUCUAAAUGACCGAGCUUGACUUUGAUCACCAGGCUGGGGCUGGAGCGAGGUGACAGUGCCUGGGCGGCGUUGACUGUGAUCACCGGCCUCCUGGAGCAGCAUGGUCAGGGGGGGCAGUGCAGGGAGGAUCCUGAGCCUUUUAGUUACCACAACACCUUCCUCCUGGUGGACCGCCAGGAGGCCUGGGUCCUUGAAACAGCUGGAAAACUGUGGGUGGCUCAGAAGGUAACAGGUGAGGAUGCGGAGGGAUGCAGGAUGGAAUAUGCGAAAAUGACCUGUGGUAUGUCAAAUCAGCAUUUUCUGACUUUCUGUCCUGAUCUGACAGAGUCUGAGAAGUCGCAGGAAUUUUUUAAAAAUUUUUAAUUAUUAAACACAAAAAGAGUUGAUCAUUCUCUGGAAUCCACCCUAUGGUUGUGGGGCAGAAGCAGCAUACUCCCAUUUUCUAAACCAUACUGUUAAGACUCUAAAGGCUUCAAUAAAUCAAAGGACUAAAGUAAACUGAAGCUGUCUAUGGAGUACACUUGAAGAGUGCAUUAAAAGAAAACCACUCCAAGCUGUUGAAAUAUUUAAAUAAAAGCAUGUUUCAUGUCUGCACUUUAAUUUGGUGGAGCUAAAUAACAACCUGAAUAAAACCAUUACAAAUCUCUUUGUCCAUAAUUCAUUACUUGAGCAGUGUACGGCUUAUAAACCUGUUGUAUAGCUCAGGAAAUCUUGACAUUAUGGUAAAGAGACACUAAUUAAUCAGUGAUUGAUCACAAUGUCUGCUGGAGAUAAAUGUGCUCAGAAUGUAAGUGAAUAUACCAGAGGAGUAUGUAUAAUGAGAAAAGUUAUAUAUUUUGUACUGAAUAGUUAUUUGUUUGGGAUGCAAUCACUGUUAAAAAGUACAUUUGUGUGAAAUUUGCAAAAAGUGGCCCUCCCAAAGAAAGAAAUAUUUGCACCGUCCUCACAACAGCCACUUUCUCUUGUCAGAGGGCGUGAAGAACAUCUCCAACCAGCUGACCAUCGGUUCUGAGGUGUCUGCAGAGCACCCAGAGCUGCGGAGCGUGGCCAAAGCUGAGGGCUGGUGGGACGGAGAAGGAGAGUUCAACUUCUCUCAGGUGUUCAGCCCGGAGAACCCACCUGCCAGGAUGGAGCUGGCUAAACGGCGCUACAAAGGAGGAACAGAGCUGCUCCAGCAACAUGACGGUGAGGCUACUCUGCUCCUCGAUUUCCCACAAUGCAUUCGCACACCCUCCUUAGACCUGUUUUAGAAACAAAAACUAUGACUAACUUUGACUAUGACUUUUAUCAGACUAAAGAUGGAUGUUGUAAUUCAUUCAUUCAUUGCUCACUGCAUUGGAAACAGACAUGACUCUGUAGUACAUCAUGGACAUUACACCCUCUGAUCUAAAGAGGACAGGGACCACCAGGCUUAUUAUCACAGCCCAAUCCUAAACCAGCAUUCUCAAUAGUACUGGGUAGCAAAGGUACCCAUGGCAUUGAUAGUUUACACAUCCGAGAAGGUUUCAUUAAAGAUGAAAAAUAUAUUAAGGGUUUAAAAAACAUAUGCUAUCUUCUAGACCAGUGGUUCUCAAGUCCAGCUUGAGGCCCACUGUCCUGCAUGUUUUGGAUGUUUCCCUGCUCCAACACACUUGAUUCAAAUGAUCAGCUCGUUAGUAAGCCAUUACAGAGCUUGAUAACGAGCUGAUCAUUUGAAUCAGGUGUGUUGGAGCGGGGAAACAUCCAAAACAUGCAGGACAGUGGGCCUCGAGGACUGGACUUGAGAACCACUGUUCUAAACAAUGCCUUUUUCAGGAAUAACCCCUGCAUAUUUAUGAGGAAACGCAGCAAAGAAGAAAAUAAAUCAUAUCUGGAUAAACUGCGAUCAAAAAAUGUCUGUAAUACUGUUAAAUUCCAGAGCCUGGUGUUGAAGGCAGACAUGACAUUGUUGCCUCGAGUAAACCAAACAAACAAAACAAACAGAGACCAUUUUCCCUGCUUGAUAAAUCACAGCAAAUGAGCCGUGUUUUUCCCUAUUUCAUCACAUGGUGCUAUGUUGCAGCUAAGUCAGUGUAACUUUGAUCAUUUCAAGUGUUUUUGUAAGUUGGUCUGUAUUUUGGGGAAAGUUCUAAAUUGAAUUAGACUCAUCUCGCACAUUAAUUUAUCCUGUCCUUACUGGACUUACCAAUGUGAAAUUCGUCUCUGAAGGCAUGUCUGAGAAUACUGUCUACAGUCAGACAAGAUCGAAAAGUCUCCAGGGGGAAUACGUUUUGUUCUUUUAAACUGACUUGUUCUGUUUUUAGGCUCAGUGACGGCGGAGGUGAUGAUUUCUAUUCUAAGAGAUAAGCCCAGUGGCAUCUGCAUGGAUUCAGGAGGUUUUCGCACCACAGGCAGCAUGGUGUCCAUCCUGCCCAGAGACACCAGCUUGCCAUGUGUCCACUUCUUCACUGCCACCCCAGACCCCUCCAGGUUUGUCGCUAGCUUAACCAAAAAUCAUUGAGAUUAAAGAAACUGUCCAAUGUCUGAAUCCAUAAACACAUGAAUAGAAAGCUGGAAUGAUCCCAGUAAAUGCACUUGACUUUUGGAGAAAGAAACCUUGAAACUAGAAUGAAUUCAAAUGACUUUUUCUCUGACCAGUUGAAGCAAAAAAAAAAAAAAAAAAAAUCAGCAUUUGUUUUAAUGCUUUUCAGAGCCCAAACAAUCUUCCUCUUUUCCUCUUUACUUUUUAAAAUUAUCUGUCUCUUCUUUGGGUUGGUGGGAGUUUCUGAGUCUGGGUUUCUCUCUUUGCUCUUCCUCUCCCUGUGGACCCCACCUGCCCCCCUUGGUAGGUCUGUUUUCAAGCCUUUUGUCUUCUCGGACUCUGCCACCCCAGUGCUGAGGGUGGUCUCCCCACAGUUUGGACCAGCUGAUCCUGCCAGGAAGCAGCCUCGCUUUCAGAGCCAAGUGGACCGCAGACAUGACCUGUACAAAGCCCACCAGGUGGCGCUCAACACCAUGGAGACCAACCCGGUGGGCACUUACAGAUGAUGUUGAUCAAUGAUUGACCUGUGCAGAGCUGGGAGUCGACACAUAUCUCAUUUUUACAUCUAAAGUAGUAUCAGAUUCACCGACAGCUGAACUCUGACAGUUGUUAUUGAGCAGCACAGAGCAGAAGUGACACUCCCGGUGCCAGACUAGACACAUGGUAUGAGUGUAGACUAAACAGUUACACACCACAGCUACACAUUCAACUCCAAAGAGCAGGGUUUAAAUCCUUGUGCAACCAAACAACAUGAGAAAGCUGGGGGGUAUUGGUAGCUCAAAAUAACAACAACUCAUUACCUUGUACAGUCUGUGCUAAUUACUGCAAGAAGAAGUAAAGUUUAAAUGAUCAUUUAGUCUUUUAGAUGAACAUGAGAUGAGCUGACACUCACAGAAAGUGCAGUGGGCUAAAUAAAGAUACAAGAGAAUUCUUGUUCAAAUCUUCAUUUCAGACUAAAUACUGAUCCACUGCAAGAUCUGAAUAUUUUCUCUUAAAACAAAUAAAAAGAUAUUAGCACAUAUUUCACAGUUUCUUUUAAGUGUGCUAUUGAUGUUUAGCAUUUUAAAGCAAUGUAGAAAUAAAAUACACAGUCCUGAAAUAGCACAGGGUUAGUUUUGCUGAGGUUUAACUCCUACCAUGGCUGCAUAAUAUGGACGUUAGAUGAGGGUAGAGAUACACUGAGCUAUUCAUUGGAUUUGUUGCAUCCGUCCUCCAUUGUAUUAAGACUAUCUGUCCAAUCAGUAACAUAUUCCCUAUGUUUAAAGACCCAGUGAGACAUAUCAUGGAGACAUCCUCUAGAAAUCACUUCCACUAGAAUUAGUAGAAUUAGUGUGCAUUAGUCAUACAUCACUUGAGUCCAAAGAGUGAAGGUCACUGAAGUUGAAAUCAGUGAAUUAGGGAGUCCAGUUCAUUAGGUCUUCUCCUAGGCAUCAAAUAACCUCACUGUAAACUAUAAAUAACUUUCCCUAAAUCUAACUAGAUAUCUGAAACCCAAACUAAAUUCGUUGGAUAUCUUACCACAGAUAAGUUAACCCUUCUCCUGUGUUAGGGUCUGCAACGACCAGUUUUUGUUUUUAAAUGCUUAAAAGAACCACAUAAAUUAGUUUAUUUGCAUCAAGACUUUUUUUGACUUUGUCAGGAUCCUCGAUUUCAACAAAAUAAAAAAUAUAUUUUUUUAAAUUGACUAACUUAUAAAAUGCUCUUAUUAAAAUGAUGGCACUUGUCAUGUUUAGGUCGCUGUUGACCCGGGUAGAUCAACAUCUAAUAAUCAGAGCAAAAACUGAAAUCAUAGGUGAACUGCCAGGCACCACACUGACAGUCUGGUCCUUUUCCAAUCAUGUGAGAGUUAGUAAAUUCUUAUUUUUCCAUGUAUUUCCCUGCACAAAAAACAACCUUAGGCAUGUCCAGACCUGUGAGAUCAAUUCAGUAUAGAUGUCUGUGUGAGGGGUAUACUGACAAAGAAAGGCCCAGAGGCCCUCCAUAAAACUAUUAUAAGCAAUAUUUUCAUGGCUAAUGAAGCGUAACAAGGUAACCUAGAGAUGAGAACCAAACUGCAUAAUAGCGAAUUUUUUUUUAGUGUAAUUUAUAGCUGAUUUAAGACACGGGUCAAAACCGACCCUUAACAUAGUGGGUGCAUAGUAAAAGCUAACACAGGAUAGUUUGAGUUUUCUAAUGUUAACACUGACAGUCGAUAUUACUAGGUAACAGACAGUGGACUAAGUAAAAGUCCUGUUCUUGACUUUUAUAACCAAUCACAGGACAAUAUGAUGAGACAAAAAAAAUACAGGCCAAUGUAAAACCAACGAAACUAUGACUUCUACUUACAACAUCAUCUCUCUUUUUUAAGCACAGUUAAUCCAAAAUUUAUUGUUUUUCGCUCAACUUGUCUGAUAAUUCUGUUCAAAAUGAGAAGAAGUUAGCAAUAAUGUUUAAAGCUGUUGAAAGUCCUAUUUUAGACCCCCCUCCGGCUGCGAUGGACAGAGUCCCCACUAUCCAAAUCCAGUGAAAGAUUUAAUCAACACAAAUAAAUAAUAUUCAUUAAGGUCCAUAGAUUGUUUUAAACUUGCAGAGGCCUCGUGCUCUUGCUUUAGUUAUCUGUAAUCCAGUUUACCAUAUAAUGUGAACAAAUUGGCUGUGUUUAGUGUGGCUAACAGGGAAUUGCCAAGUUUUUUUUUCUCCAAAUAAACAUCAACAUUACAAAAUAUCAAAAAAUGCCCAUGAUUUAAGGAAUAAUGCAUGUGCACUUUGAAGUGAUUUUUCCCUGAUUGACACUGGAAUAAUCGUAGUGAGAGGUACACCGUACAAGCAAUAAACUUUAAAAAUGAAAGAAAAACACUUGAAUAAAAAGCUCAUAAAUAUAUUCAUAAAGAAAUCCAGUUUCAGUGUGAUUACAGUUACUUUCUCCUGGGUGCCUUACAUAUUUACUACUAUUUCAUUCUUAAAUUCACCAUUCACUGGGAAAAGGCUCUGAGUAUCACAAACAAUUUUACCCUUAGCAGAGUUUGUUUUACAGCGCUUAUUCAAAGUCAAAGUGGAGGAUAUUCUUCCUCAUGUGGCGUAUCAUUUCUUCUUUUGAUAAAGCAGUCCAGUGAAUGUUUGUCAUUUAAUUCUAAUCUGGCAAACUGUACACUCUUGAAUAAAUCUGCACAUAGAUAGUAUUUCAAAUAAAAAUUGCUUUGAGGGUUUGCCUGCUGCGUUUCCUCAUGUUAGAGCACAUUAAAUCCAAGAUGAGCCUGCAGAGGAAGUGGGGGUUUGUGAAAGCAGGUGUGCGCCUAGGCUUGUUAGAUGUGAGUCUCCCCCACAGAUGUCUAUUGUAGGAAAUUCAGGCUGAGGACAAUUAAAAAGUCAAAAAGAAGUAUUUUAUUUUUAAAGAAAUGCACACAAUCGCCACAGUUUAAGAUUGAAACGAAUGACUCCCCAUCUUAAUCAAGUUUAAACUCCCAAUAUGCAUGUACACUUGACCCAGGUGUGACUGCUGUUUUCACUUUGCUCUUUCUUUCUCUCUCUCUCUGUGUUAGGAUGAGGGUUCAGCCAUGUAUGAGAUACUGAUGGACCUGGAGUCGCAGUGUCUGAGCGAGAUUUCAGCCAUGCUGAAUGGAGAGAUACCAGGAGAGGACCUGGGGGACUUAUUUUUUGAUUGUGUGGACACAGAGAUUAAGUUCUACCAGUGAGCAGGUGGGAGGCUCCAGCACCUGUAUUUGAUUUUGUUUCAUGGUUUAAUAUGUCUCUGUUGUAAAAUAGAGCUGAGAAACACAGACCCCGAAGAAAUGAAUUGAUUGUAUAGUGUUAAAUAUGAGCAUUAAGUUGUACCACUAGAAACAGAAUACAUGACCGAUAUAUUGGUCAGUUGAUAUAAUUGGGUUGAUUUUUUUUUUUUUAAACUACAAUAAAUGACUUUUAUCUCAGAUCACAUAAUGCUUAUAUAGGUGAUUCUGGAAGAUUAUAAUUUGCUGCAGCAUUUUUACCAGAGCAUCACAGCUGAGCAGACAGUUUACUGAUUUAUAAAGGUAUAUAAGGUUUCCUACUUUUUGACGGAACAAUAAAUCUGUUAAAAAAAUCUUCAGUUUCCCUGCUGAGUUGCGUUGACACAAAAGCAUGCACAGUUAGCAAGGGAAAAAUAACUCUAAACUAAACCUUGCUUUAUCUGCUUUUUCAGUCUUAAAUGGACAAACAUUUACACUUUAACAUCAUAUUCUUUGAAACACCAAACUAUGGAUUGUGACCAUGGACUUAUUGGGCAGAUGUUGACAGAUGUACCUUCAGGCACUGUGAGGAGUUGAAUGUUGGGCUGAUUCUGGUAAAUUAAAGAGAAUAAAAAAAAAAAAAAAAAAAGAACAGAGUCUCAGAAAUAGGCAUUGAAGAGUGAGGACCAAAUAUCCAUUGACCUUUUUGUGGAGAAUGUUUCCUGAACACAGUCACUAAAAUUCAGUGUAAUGAUUAACCAGUCGCUGAUAAUUUUAUUUUAUUGUCAGUAUAGGAGUGAGGAUACAUUUCAAAAUCAUUUAACCCUUUAAUGCCUUUUGUAUCAUAUUUGAUACAUACCUUUAUAUACUUCUAUCAAAUCAGCUUGAUCAACAAAUUACUAAAAAAAACCUGAAUACAGUCUGAUUAAAAAUAAAAAUAUCCUCUUGUAGUUUAUCAGUUUCCAAAAGCAUCUAAUGUAUCAAACAAGAUAAAGAAAUAUAUUUGUUAAAUUUUAAGGACAAUUUAAUUUUUUUGCUUUUUAGCAGUAAGUGAAAUAUACAUUUCAGCUCCAAAAUUUUUUUUAAUUUUCUGGCCAUAAUUUGUGGUGUCGGGCAUUAAAGGGUUAAAAACCUCUCACUAUGAAUUUAUAGGGACUAUUAUUUACAGAUUAAUUACUAGUUAUUUCGAAAAUCAAAACUAGGGAUUGUAACUCUAAACUCUUUUGGAAAAUGUUCACAGAUGUCCCUUGAAAAAAUUGGUCAUUUUAUCUCGUGCCUGUAUUUAAUUGGAUGUCUUCGGCAGCCAAUGGGGUUACCACCUGUAGGCCAAUAGAGAGAAUGCAGUUUCAAACUUUAUGAGUACAGAUAAUAUUUUUUGACACUGCAACUCUACAGCCAUUUAACACACUACUUACAAACAGACCACAUUAAAUAGUAUCUAAAUCCGUAUCUUAAUCAGAGAAAUGCCAUUUUUAAAAUUAGGAAUUUUAUUUGUAUGUCAUAAGAGAACAGUCAGUGAAAUUUCAGAGUGUGGAAAUAACCUGCCUUAAAUCUAAGUGUAAGACCAUUCAGAGCUGAGACAACGAGUGUAACUGCUUAAAAAUAAGAAAAACUUCCUUGAUUACAGAGAUGUAAUUGUUUUUGGCACAAAGAAAGUCUCAAAAGAAACAGUCAACAAAGUCAUCUUUUCCACAGUUGGAUAGAAAGAAAACCAAAAAAGAUUUUAUUUUGUAUUUGUGAGGGUUGUUUCAUUCAUUCUCAGCAGCAUGUACACUUCUCAGCAGUGGAAGUAAAUGUAGUUGUGUUCCUAGCAAAGUUGAGUAUGAUCAUCAUGUCUUUGUCCUCUGUUACAGCGCCCUCUGGUGGAGAUUACCCAGUGCUGCACAGUUGCAGUACAGAGGCCCCUGAUAUAAACUGUGUUCUUCGUCUGAUGGGCCUCCUCGCUCACACAGCACACAUCCCUGACAUCAUUCCAUCAUUAACACAGACUAAAUGUCUAACCUGCACAUGUGAUUGGAGCAUACAUCAUCUGUAUCACCCAGGGAGCAUUGUCAGCACCUCAGUAGUGACUAUAACAGUGUAGAGAAACAGGAGCCUGUUUAGAGAGAGUGGCACAAAUACAGACAGUCUGACAUUUUUGUAACACGUUGUCGCUGUUACACAGGAGUGGGAUCCAUUCGAUAGCUACCUGUAGGGGAAGUGCCAAUAAAGAACGAGAAUAGUCUUUCUGGACUGUGUUGUGUGCUUUUUUUGUAACUCUCUUUGUGGUAUUUUUUUUUUUACAACUUUGAGGAUUUUCACAUAGCAAAUUUUAAACAUCUGCUUAGAGUGACAAAAAAAUGUCACUCAAUAUUGCAGAUUUAGCAAAACGGCAAAUAGAGUUCGUAAAUAUGAGAUGUAAUGUUGGCAUACAGCAGUGCAGUUGCUAUUAAUCUGCUAACAUAAAAUCAAGUAUUACAAAGCAUUCUCAUAUGUUCAGCUCUUUGGUAAAAUUUAGGUUUUACAACUUUUGAAAAACAAAAUACUUACAUUUGUUCCUCUAACCUGUUGAACAUGUGUUUUAUCCAACUCAUGCAACUGCACUUUAUGUACUUUGAUUGCAGUUAGUCAGGUGUUCUUGACUACACACAUCCAUA